ACUCCCCAACCAUCCAUCCAACCUGAGGCUGUACUUUUCGCGUGGCGAGACCAAUAAAAAAUAUUUAACAAAAGGUCCCUCGGUCGUAUUAGAUUUUAAUUUGUGUACCCCGAUUUUAGAUUUGCAAAGAAGCACACAAAUAAAAUGCGCGAAGUGGUCUCCAUCCAGAUUGGCCAAUGUGGCAUCCAGAUCGGCAACGCCUGCUGGGAGCUGUAUCUCCUGGAGCACGGCAUCAAUCUGGACGGCAGCCUGAAGACCAAGGAGGAGCUGACAGCCAGCGGGAGCAGUGCCAGUGUGGGUCACGACACCUCCGCGAAUGAUGCACGGACCUUUUUCACGGAGACCGGAAAUGGCAAGCAAGUGCCCCGAUCGAUUUUCGUGGAUCUGGAACCCACGGUCAUUGACGAUGUGAGGAAUGGCUGCAUGAAGGAACUCUAUCACCCGGAGCAACUAAUUUCUGGCAAGGAGGAUGCGGCCAAUAACUACGCCCGCGGUCGGUACUCCAUUGGAAAGGAGGUGAUCGAUAGGGUGACCUCACGACUGCAGAAGAUCGCCGAGCAGUGCGAUAGCUUGCAGGGAUUCCUCAUCUUCCACUCGUUGGGCGGAGGAACUGGUUCGGGAUUCACCUCCCUGUUGGUAGAACGACUAUCCACCGAUUAUAGUAAGAAGUGCAAGCUGGACUUUGCAGUUUAUCCGUCGCCCAAGGUGUCCACGGCCGUGGUGGAGCCCUACAAUGCCCUGCUGACCACCCACUCCACCAUGGAGCACUCGGACUGUGUGUUCAUGGUGGACAACGAGGCCAUCUACGAUAUAUGUAAUAACAGUUUGGGUGUGGACAGACCUGCCUAUAGUAAUUUGAAUCGCUUGAUCGCUCAAAUAGUGAGCUCUACUACGGCCUCGCUGCGUUUCAGUGGCUCGAUGAAUGUGGAUCUCAACGAGUUCCAAACGAAUCUGGUCCCCUUCCCCAGGAUCCAUUUCCCCCUGGUGGCCUAUGCUCCGCUGAUGUCCGCCGAGAGGUCGGCCCACGAGCAGCAUGCCAUCACCACGCUGACCAAUGCCUGUUUCGAGUCCUCCAACAUGAUGGUCAAGUGUGAUCCUCGUGCGGGUAAAUUCAUGGCCUGCUGCAUGCUGUAUAGGGGAGAUGUGGUGCCCAAGGAUGUGAAUGCGGCCGUGUCGGCCAUCAAGUCCAAGCGGCACAUUCAGUUCGUGGACUGGUGUCCCACUGGUUUCAAGAUCGGCAUCAACUAUGAGAAGCCCGCGUUUGUGCCGGACGGAGAUUUGGCCAAGACAUCGCGCGCCUGCUGCAUGUUGUCCAACACCACCGCCAUUUCGGUGGCCUUCUCGAAUCUGUCCUACAAGUUCGACCUGAUGUUCAAGAAGAGGGCCUUUGUCCAUUGGUACGUGGGCGAGGGCAUGGAGGAGGGCGAGUUCACGGAGGCGCGGGAGAAUAUCGCCGUUUUGGAACGCGACUUCGAGGAGGUCGGUCUGGACAACAACGAGGAGGACGGUGGAGAAGGCUUUGAAGAGUAUUGAGAUCACAUCCCGUUUCCCAGACAGACCGCAGUCCCCAAGUCACUUCAAUAUUCAACAAAAUAUGUAAAUAAUUUAAUAAAGAGUUAAACAAAA